AUGAAUCCUGAUCCUGAUGAAGUAAUCCAUCCUGGAGCCGAGGAGAUUCAGUGGUUAACCAAAAAAGAUUUACAGGGCAAUGAGCCUUAUCCUCAUUACAGUAUUUUCACAGAGCAGGCACGUAACUUUAUCUCACUUGAAAAACAGUGUGCCCUCUUCUGUGGUGGUCGAAGGUGCAAGUAUGAACGAGCUGACUGUUGGCCCGACCAGAUGGUCAUCAAUGGACUUUUUUCACAUUGGGUGACUGAUAAUAUAUUGGCCAUGUCUCGGCCAAAUACUGCAGCUAUUAAAGAAUUCAACAUUAUCCAGCAAUUUAAAGAUGCUAAUAUAAAAACUGUGAUAAACCUCCAAGAAAGUGGAGAACAUGCCAGUUGUGGUCCUGGUCUGGAGGCUAGCGGCUUUUCCUACAAUCCUCAGGAUUUUAUGGAUAAAGACAUAUAUGUUUACAAUUUUAGUUGCCCUGAUUUUGGUGCUUCUUCAAAUGGUAUGAUUUUGGAUAUGGUCCGAGUGAUGCAGUUUGCUUUGUCACAAGGCAAAGUAGCCAUCCACUGCCAUGCAGGUCUUGGUCGUACGGGAUUGUUGAUUUGCUCUUACCUCGUCUUCACAAAUCGAAUGUCAGCCAAUGACGCUAUUCAUUACGUUAGGGAAAAAAGGCCGCGAUCAAUACAGACCAGAAGACAAAUGCAAUGCCUUAAGGAUUUUGCAGACUAUUUGCAGCAGCUUUGGAUCAUUUUCACAUUCCCAGAGGAUGUUUCCUGUGAACUCACCUUACAACAGUAUUUAAGCCGACAAAGAAAACUACUUCAUGGCUACGAAGGACGAAAAUUAAAAUACAUUCCUAAGAUUAUUUAUUUUGUAUGUGAACGCCUUUUGGAACUUGCUGGCCGUGGAAAUUCAUUGUCUUCAACAUUUGCUAAAAGGCCUGUUGAUCUGAAGGGAGCUGAGAGUGAUUUAAAUAGUCUGCAACUUGAAUCCAAAAGCAGCAAAAAUGGAAAUCAGGAAGCAAGUAGUUCUGCAGACACUUUUCCCAAUUGGUGGAAGCAAAUGACAGAAACUGAAGUGACCUGUCUGAAGGCUCAAGAAAUUGCAAUUGCAUUAUGUAAUUCAACAUUUAAUGAUGAUGUUACCAAGCGGAAAAAUGAGCUCAAGCGACAACUGAACAGUUGUGAUGACAGUUGGAAAUCUAUUGCCACUGAAUCAGACCCUUUCGUUUUGGCUGCUCUUUUAUGGGAUUGGCUAAAUCAAUUGAAGGAACCGGUAUUGAGAUAUACAGAUAUGAAAGGAUUGCUUUCGUAUGUGAAUGACCCGCUUUCAGGUCUCCAGACACUGGAAAAAAGUCCCUAUGCAAUUCUGAACUAUUUCAGCAAAGUCAUUGGAUGUCUACUGCCUUUACCGGAUAGGCUGAUAACUCAAGUAUUAGAAAUGCUGCUCUCUCAUCUGACUUAUCAUUACAUCAUAACAGAUCAUUGUGCCCCUCUCUCAAGAUGCAAUCACUGGCUUGACUUACAACCGUCCACACCAGAAGAGUUGCUAAACUUCUUCAAAGCACUUAUCAGAAUUAAUCAUAAGUAA